CCGGGUGCAGGCUGCAGAUUUUUGUAAAAUAAGUGAACCAUUAAAUUCGGAAUAUGAGCCAAGUUUAGUGUACGUUAUUAUCUUUAGCUGAGGAAAAGAAUGUUUAUUCUUAACAUCGAUUAGCGGAUGUAUAUGCUAGUUCACGGUUCGCUGACGAGACCGCUCUCAGCUUUCUCCAGUGAAAUUGCAUUGUGUUUCAGUCAAAGGGAUCAAAACAAAAGCUUGUAAGCGUAGGUUUGCGCUGCUACCUACGCGGCGGUUGUGUGUGCAUAGCUUUUUUGUUGUAAUUCAUUGUUUUAUAUUACACCCAAAAAGAAGUUGUAUUUUUUACAAUGAUCCUUCGAGUGAUCGAUGCUGCCAAAGUGGUCGGUGUACGACAAAAUUUUAUCCCCUCCAUUCUUUCUUGGCAAAGAAAUACCAAUCAGAUUGGAGUUCUAGCUGUGCGAAAGUUGUCGGCUUUAUGUAACACGAAACUGUCAGACCAGAUUUUAGCCAAAAAUUAUUUGCUUGUUACCCAGUCUUUUGAAAAGAAGCAAUUCAGUAUUACGAGGCCAUCGUUCAAGUCUCAAAGUCCCACAUCCAGCGAUGAUGAAAAGCCGAAAUCAAAAGAAAAAUUGGAAGAAACUUUGGAAAUUAAUACCACGAAGGGUAAAUUGCUGGUAAAAACAACUACGUCCGCCGAUUCCAAGUUGGAAGAAGUCAUAAUUGAAAAGUCUAUGCCCACCGAUGAUAAAUCGAAAGAGACAACCGGGGAGGCAGUACCCCUCACAGAUGAGGAGAAGUUACGUCAAACGGAAGCUGACCUCAAAGAGCAGAUUGCCGAAAAGAAUCGUCAACUGGCAAAGAAACGGGUUCGUGUGGAUUUUUCGCGAUCUUCGUUGGAGCGCAAUUUUAUUACGCCGGUUCGAGCGAUGUCAGAUUUCCUGCUAAAACCAUCCGAUCUGGAAGCGCUGGCCAAAACGAAACGCCGUUCUCCAUACGAACAGGAACCGCCAAUAACGGUCUACUGGCGAAAGGAUGUCGAGGCCAAAGCUAUCGAAGUUUGGGGCAGUCGAGAGAACCUUCUGAAAGAGUGCCUAAAGCGGGAGAUCGAAAAAAAGCGGCAUCAGCAGAAUAUAUUCACUGUUAAGCGACGGUUGCGCGAUUACCGAAGGGAGAUUGGUAGUCGAACAAACGUGGUUGAUUCAGAGCCGGGGCUGUUGGGCAAGUCUGGCAGAGUGGUACUGACUGCUGUCGCUAUCAACGCUGUAAACUGUCUGUUCAAAUUCGGCGCUUGGCUGUACACUGGUUCGCACAGUAUGUUUGCCGAAACGAUUCAUUCGCUGGCGGACACGAUCAACCAGUUGAUCUUAGCUUACGGUAUUCAUAAGAGCACCCAGAUUGCCGAUUCGGAUCACCCGUACGGAUAUAGCAACAUGAAGUAUGUAUCGUCGCUCAUUUCCGGCGUGGGCAUUUUCUGCGUUGGAACCGGACUUUCUUUCUACCACGGCAUCAUGGGUCUGAUGGAUCCCCAUCCGAUUGAUGAUUUCUUCUGGGCAUUUUUCAUUCUUGGUGGUUCGUUAGUUUCGGAAGGCGCUACGUUACUGGUAGCCAUCAACAGCUGCCGGAGUGGAGCUAAAGCUCUCAAUAUGAGCUUUAAGGACUAUGUCGUCAGUAGUCAGGACCCGUGCGUUAAUGUGGUACUCACGGAGGAUGCAGCGGCAGUAUUCAGUGUAGCUCUGGCCGCCACUUGCAUGGGUCUAUCCACCUACAGUGGGUCACCGAUUCCAGAUGCUGUUGGGUCUCUACUGGUUGGAUGCAUGCUUGGCGGUGUGGCUUCCUUUAUCAUCUAUACCAACGUGGCAGCUCUGGUAGGACGGUCGAUUCGGCAAGAGAAUCUCGAUAAGAUUAACGCAGAAUUAGAGAGUGAUAUCAUGAUAAGAGCGAUCCACGAUGUUAAGGGCAUCGAUAUGGGAAAUUCGCUCGUCAGGUAUAAGGCUGAAAUGGAUUUUGACGGUCGAGAACUGACACGAGUGUACCUGGAUAAGCAGGAUCUGAAUAUGCUGCUUGAAGAAGUCAAAACUUUCCAGACGAUCGAUGAAUUGGAAGCAUUUAUGCUGAAGCAUGGCGAGAACAUUGUCGAUUUAAUGGGUGGCGAAAUCGAUCGAAUUGAGAUGAAACUUCGGAAAAAAUUUCCCGAAAUUCGGCAUUGUGAUUUGGAAAUCCUGUAAGCACACGGUUUGACUAACUCGAAGCAUUAAAUGUAAGCAACCGGAAAUUUAGACAACCGCGAAGCGCGAGCUAUUAAAAUUGUUAAUCGAAAUCAACUCUAUUCCAAAUCUGAGAUAGUAAGUUAUUGCUAAUGAAAGCUGUUGUGUUGAAUUCCUGGCGACACGCGGAACUAUUUAGUACUUAGCCUACGAGGUGCUUAGUCAUGGUUGCUCUAUGGCGGAAGUGCUGCAAGGCAGUCAUAAUUACCAGGAAUAGAAAUGACGAAUACUGCAGGAUGUGCUGGAUGUUAAAAUUUAACUGUGUUCACAGCUAGGAUACUAGCUGUGCCUACUAAAAAAACUAGUGCGACAAUACCUAUCUAUUUUGCAGUAAUAAAUAUU